UUGGGGAUUGUCUUGGAUUAGUGGUGUGAGAUAGCCUUAAUCUAUUUGAGUCACAGGGACACUGUGUGUGUGUUUGUGUGUCUGAUGAGAUGAGGCUAAUCAGAGAGAAAAGCAGGCUGGACAUGGGCCCUUAGAGUGCAGUGGCAAAAGAAUAAAAACAAGCAAAGCAAAGUGACGCUGAACCAAAAAGUAUAAGAGAUGGACAGUGAGGGGGCCAGACAGCGAGAGAACGAAGAGGCAAAGGAGUGCCAGAUGUCUUCUGAGAGAGAAGAGGAGAGCUGGGAGGAGAGGGGAGAGGAGAACAUGGAUGGAGAGGGUGAGGAGGAGGAGGAAAAUGAGGGAGAGGUGAGGGACAUGGAGGAGUGGAAUGGGUUUCUUUUGGAGGGAACAACAGAGAGGGGUCAAGAGGAAGACGUGUUGGUGGAGUGGAAACCUGGUGACCCUGUGACCCCGCAGUAUGUCCUCAGACUAGCCGGAUACACAGAGGACUAUCUGUGCUCUCCUGAAGACAACAUCUACAACAUCAGCUUCUCCCGCUUCAAAAUCAGAGACCUAGAGGGAGGAUCUGUGAUUCUGGAUCUGAAGAGACACUGUCCAACAGAAAUUAAAGAUGUGAAGGAGCAGGAGGCAGCUCGAUUUAUCCAGUAUCACUUCACUCCUGCAUUUCUAAAUUUGAGGGAGAUCGGUGCCACGCUGGAGUUCACUGUAGGCAGUAGGGCGGUGAACAGGUUCAGGCUGAUAGAGAGGCACUACUUCAGAGACAUGCUGCUGAAGACUUUUGACUUUGAGAUUGGCUUCUGCAUCCCGCACAGCAGAAACACCUGUGAGCACAUCUACAGUUUACCAGACCUGGACCCACGCACCAUCGAGGAGAUGAUUGCCCAUCCUUUUCAGACACGGUCAGACAGUUUCUACUUUGCAAACAACAAGCUGAUCAUGCACCACAAAGCUGAGUACUCCUUCUGCAAGGGUAUGGAGAUGGACACAGAGUGACCAAAGUCUUCAUCAAGCAUUGAGAAUUUGGGUGACUGUCUUUUGUGCCCGUCCACGCUGUGUGUGUGAGCAUGUAUGAGUGUGAUUUUGUGGAUAGAGAAAUGAGAUCAGGAAUGUAACGUCUUAUUUAAAGUGAUAGGUUGACCAAGAUACAAAUUUACAGUUUUUCCUGUACCCCGUAUGCAGCUGAUCUACUGAGAUGUUCGGUGUCUGAAGUUUACUUCUUUAGUUUUGGCCAAAAUGAAAGUGUGGAGAAAAUUCAGGCUUUAGUGGCUGCUGCUGUUGUCAUUAUGUAAUUACUUAACAGUUCCACACACUUAAAAGGAUUUUUCAAAAUUUUCAUAUAAAUAGUUAAGAUGUAAUGAAGUGGUUUGUUGUGAAAUGCUUCCUUCCAGAGAAACUUACCGAGUCAGAAUUGUUCACAGUGGUGGUGACAGGAAUCAUUUUUGGCCUAAAAUGUAUUUUAAUCAAUUUAUUUUGAUCUAUUGGGAUAGAGGUAGAGGGAUGCAUG